GUUGAGGGAGGGAUGUUUGGGGAUCAUACGGAAUGAGCAGCAUAGCAACACCGGCAGGAGCAAGCAGCACGUGCAUAUUGCGCCACCUAUGACUUGGGCAGACGACGACACCUUGUUGAAGGCCGAUGUGGACGCUAACGUUUCAUCUCAGACUUGUCCACGAGUUUGUGUUGCUAUACCUGGCGGUCAUCAAACUUACAGGUGAAUUGUCACUGAGAAAUCUUAUUGAUUGUGUUCACACUGUGGAGCUAUUUAUAUCCAUGGAUAAUACAGAAUGUAAUAGUAUAAACUGGGGAAUAAACCAAGAGGACAUGAGCCGAUCAGACUUUGCAGAACAAUAUCAAUUUGAUAACGGGGCCGCUCCAUUACUCAUAGAAGCGUUCACGGACGAGCUGUUACGGCAGAUGACAACAGAGCCCCAUAUGGAUCGACUAAGUAUGGAGCAGGCACAGUACCUCAAAGACCGCCUUAAGGGCUUGUAUGCCUUCCUUAAAAACCACCCUGCACUUAUGGACAGAAGGCUAAAGGUUGGAUCCAGGAAACCACAAAUACCACAGAAAAAUAAAUAUAUACCGCAGAAACGUACCUUCCAGAAUGCCCUAUCAGAACCCGUGUGUCCGUCUAGGACUGAAUGGCGGCUGCUCAGGUCAGCACGUGAUAUCAAUGACACGGAAGUAGAAAUCUUCCAGCCGCCAGAGGGCAACGAAGGUCACCAAUGGUUCUACACAGUCACCUGUAACACACAACAUGAAAUCAUGGACAACCCAGAAUGCCCUGCGUGUUGUCGAGGAAUCCAUCGGACAAGGUAUUGGUCGCGAUGCAUGCCGAAGAAGUCGUACGUGAUGGCGUUGGUGCGACGUCCCGGCGACACCUACUACGACUGGAACUGGAUCCAGGUGGAAUCCAGCUGUAACUGUGCUAUAUCUCCGUUCAUUCAGGGCCGCAUCUAGGGUCUUUAUUCACCGUGUACAGUACCAGCCGGAUUAAAAUACCGGGAAAAAACACCGUCUUUCUUGUCAUUCGAAUACUGUCACAUAAUACACCACUCAACUUUUGAAAGGGAUACUGAGAUAUCCCAUACUGCUACAAUACUAAUAAACUAACGUUUAGUCUUUGAAAUGAUUUCAAGAUUUUCUUUUUUCUAAUGUCUUUUAUGUAUAUCAUAAAAAGUGCCCAUAUAGUCACUAUAUUUUCAUGAAAGUGAAAAGAUAUAUGCCUGCCUCAGAAUCGAUAAUUUGCGAAUGAUUAUAGAAAGGUUUUGUCACUUUUAUUUCGUAUGACAACAUACAUUUAGU